AUGCUUGUGGGAAUCGUCAGAACUGAUAUCAGUACGCCAAGUGACUUGCUAAUGGCUCAGACUGCAGAGAAGCUCGCGAGCGGAAGUAUGAAGGUGACUCGUAAUGACGCUGACGCUUUUGCGCUGCGUUCACAACAGUUAUGGAAGAAGGCUCAAGAUGCUGGUAUUUACAAAGCCGAGAUCACUCCAAUGACUGUGAAAGGGAAAAAAGGCGAAGAGACGUUUGAGGUGGAUGAACAUCCCCGACCACAGACAACCAUGGAAUCUUUGGCCAAACUGAAACCAGUAUUUCAAAAGGACGGUCUGAUCAAUGCGGGUAAUGCCUCGGGUAUUUGCGAUGGCGCUGCGGCAAUGGUCGUUGCUGGAGAUGAGGCUGUUAAAGAACAUAGCUUGAAGCCACUAGCUCGUGUUGUCAGCUAUGCUGCUGUUGGCUGUGAUCCAACGAUGAUGGGUAUCGGACCAGCACCAGCCAUACGCCAGGUACUAGCGCAAACCGGACUAAAGAUCGAAGACAUCGAUAUUUUCGAGGUAAAUGAAGCGUUCGCUCCUCAAGCCUUAGCGGUUCAACGAGAGCUUGGUAUUCCUAUGGACAAGCUGAACUUAAACGGUGGUGCUAUCGCCCUCGGCCAUCCUCUGGGCGCCUCUGGAGCACGAAUCAGUGUUCAUUUAGUACAUGAGCUGAAGAGACGCCAUGCAAAGUAUGCUAUUGGAUCAGCUUGCAUAGGAGGUGGCCAAGGAAUUGCAGUUCUGUUUGAAAAUGUCGAUUGA